AUGACCCAGUCAGCUUCCAAGUCGAUGAUUCCGGAUGAUAUCAAGUGCACCACGCCUUCUUCGGAAGAGAUUGCGAGGGCACAGUCUGCUGCGUCUAACGGGAACAGAACUCACUCGAACUCGACCACGACUUCGUUUUUGAACAAUCCAGACCACAUGCCUCCAUACCGCUCUACUUCGCUGCGCAGUGGUAGCACGAGCAGUGGACAUAGCCAGGGCCAUGGGCAAGUGCCCGUGCCUAUGCCACUGCAGCCCCUACAGCCCCUACAGCCGCAGCCCCUACAGCAUGGGGCCCAGCAAGUGCCGUUGCCAAUGGCUCCCUCGCCGAAACUCGUCAACAAGCAGCAGCAAGAGGCUUCGCACUCGAAAAACCCAUUGAAAAAGAUCUUUGGUCGGUCCAAGUCCCACCAUGCGGCGGACCAGGGCAAAAAUUCAGGCUCGGGAAACGGCCAGAGUCCGGAUCUCAAGCAACGGGUCUCGCCAAAACCAGAUGGAAAACCAUCAUCCACCUCCGUCCGUGCCAGGGGCGCCUCUUUGCUUCACAAAGACAGAGACGUCACCCAGCACAUGCACCUCAUCAAGUCGUCGUCGGCAAUCUCUAACUUGUCGCACAACACCAACCCGUUCCUCACCUCGAGCAACGGCAGAAUACCGAUUGAGUCGUUGGACAUCCACACAAGACCCCCAACGAUCUCCCAGCUCUAUCACUCACCGUCAUCCGCUUCGGCCACGCCGUCGUCCACGUCAUUGGGCUUCUACCAGACAGAGGGCGACUCAAAGGGAGAGAACAUCUUGCCGUUGCCCUUGAAAAACCCAAACGACUUCCUUCCGGAAGAGUUGCAGCAGCCCAGUGUCAUGCUCACAGAUAACUUCGCAUUCGCUGACUCGGGCAGGAAGAACUUGGGUGAAGGUGGCUCGUCCCAGGUCAUGACCGUGAUGUCGAUAUACCGCAAGAAAAACGUGUACGCGUUAAAGAGAUUCAAACUGUUCAAAGACGAGACCCCAGACCAUUUCUACCACCGCUGCGUGUCGGAGUUCUUGAUCGCCAAGAAACUGAGCAACCACGUCAACAUCGUGAAGACAUACUACUUGAUGAAAACGCCAAGCAUUUCUAACGGCCCAAAGAGAAGUUGGGCCUUCUUGAUGCAACGAUGCAGCCAAGAUAUGUUUCAUUUCACCACGCUCACUGGGUGGGCAAGCAAACCGCUGGACGAGAAAUGGUGCUGCUUCAAGCAAAUUUCCAGAGGUGUCAGAUACAUGCACUCCCUCGGUAUCGCGCACAGAGACAUCAAGUUGGAAAACGUUCUAGUCACCGAAUAUGGCGCAUUGAAGUUGACGGAUUUCGGUAUCUCGGCUUACGGUAUAAAGGACCCAGAUGACCCUUCAAGCGAACGCAUUAAAAUCAGAGGCUACUGCGGCUCCCCACCACACGUGCCUCCAGAAGUGAUGAUCCUAAGUGAAAAGAAGAGGAAAGUGAUCCCAGUGCCUAAGGAAAAGGAGGAGUACGAUCCGUUCAAGAUGGAUACCUGGGCAUUGGGUAUUCUCAUGUUCAACCUUGUGUGCUCGUUCGCCUUGUUUGGCGAAGCCCACAAGGACGACUCAAAGUACAGAAACUUCGCUUCGUUCCACGAACAAUUUUGCAAGCACAGCCCUCACUUCAAAAAGCCCGGAAUCUACAGGUCUGGACCCGGAGCUGAACACCCAGACUUUGGUAAAAUGGGCAGCGUCGAGGCUAGCAGAGUCUGUUUACGGUUGCUUGAUCCCGAUCCAAACACUAGAUAUUCAAUUGAAGAUCUAUUUAACGACCCCUGGAUGGAGAAGGUUGAAACCUGCUUUGACGAAGACGACGAAGAGCCAUUAAAGGAACCUGAGUUGAGAAAGGCAACAACAGAUGAUGACCCUGUGCCACACGAUAUCCCUUCCACUAGCUCCUCCUUUAAUGAAGACUCUACAACGCUAACGCACUCAAGCAAUCCUUUCUUACAAAGUAACAUCAACAAUGGCAACAACGCAGUAAAGAGCCCGAAGAUCAAAUCCAAAUCCAUGCUUUUCAUUGCAGAGGAAGAAGAUAUGAGACGAAGUGCUACAAAUUCAUCAAGUGGCUCACCGCAGGUUGCAGCAACUAAUAAUAACGCACAGGUCGCUCCUACCUCUUUGCCCACCCUUGAUGAAGAGAAGACUAAGGAUGUCGAUGAUGAUAUAAAAGGUACUCCAGAGACCUUCGCAAAGGCACAACAGCCCCCUCAAUCGCCUGUACCUGUCAAUAACGCCCUGACAGAAAGAAUAAGCUCACUGUCGCUGAACACUGCCAACAGUGUCAAUCCAGCAGAUCACGGCGAAAAUUCGGCAAACACCCUAAUGAGAAAUGAAGGCGAGGCUCCUUCAACAUCCAAUGAUGGACCAAACUCGCUGUACUCCAACAGUAUUACACAAAAACCAAGCUUCGCUUCAGACACUGUGUCAAGAAGCUCUUCUAUAACUUCUAAAAACAAUAGCCCAAUGCUAUCAAACUCUACUACUAUGUCCUCGCGUAAGAGGAAGAAGAAUCUUGGUCACCACCACAGUGAGUGUGGUGGCAAACCAAUAUUCGUAUUGAAAUAG